UCUGAAGUGGUCACCACAUUCUGAUUUGAACCUACAGAACUUUCAAAGUUUAUUCUUCACCCUCUCACUCAUAAUCCGAAUCCGUUUUGUCAUUGAGUUCCGACGCCCGUGUUCAGAAUCACAAGGCAACGAAACCCAAAGCACAUUAUGUGAAGGGAAAAGUGAGGACGAAGAAGAAAAUUCCUAUCGACACUUCUUCAAACUUGAGUUUGCUCUCACACCUCGCUCCAACUCAUGAGCACAUUUCUCAAGAAUGGCCCGGCCACAAGGCUGUUGUGUCGCACCUGUCGCAGAGCACAAUGGCAAACGGCGUCAUUUUCGCAUGGCCAACCCCCAGACAGCAACCUGCAGUGGAGGCGGCACUAUGCAAGCAAGGCCAUCAGACCGAAAUCUCCACGGCCCGCAAGGCACUCACCAACUGCAUCAUCGUCGUCAUCACCAUCCAUACCAAUACCCUCAUCCUCAUCUCCAGGACCAAGGCUCUCUGCUAGAGGGGGCCCACCAGCCGCACCAACGACGAGAGACCCAGAGAGGCUCAUCUUCUCGGCCCGAGACGUGCCCACCCUGCCGGAAUGGACGACCAGCCUCGAGGGUCUCGGGAACGGCGACCUCACACCCAUACAAUGUAUGGAGGGCGCACUGCGUUACGUAUCUAUUGCCACGCAGCAUGAGAGUGCCUGGCGGGGCAGGCUCGAAAGAGACUACAACCUCUCCCCAUACAUGCUGCACUGGAUCGGCAUCCUCCUCCUCACCGCCAACACAGCCACGCGCUGGCGCCUAGGCACGCACAUGCUCCGUUCAGCCUCCGAGCAAGGCUACAGCCCCUCGACCCUGACCCUCGUCCGCACCUUCAGGAGCAUGCCGGACAGGAUUUUCCAGGAGAGAGCCGCCGGCACGAGGCUCUUCCAGUCCGCAGACGCCCGCUUCAGGGAGCUGCUCCGGCAGGGCACCGAUCCGGAUGCGCUCACCCUGCAGGGCAUCAUCGAAGCCAGCCACGGCGACGACCUCAAGAGGGCCCUCGCCAUGUUCAGACGCGCUACCGAGGCAUACUGGAAGGCACACCCACCGUCACGACCACCAGCAACCCCCUCACCACCACCACCGCACGAUUCCUCCAAAGGCCUUGUCAAGCAGUUUACCCUCCCAGCCCCGCGUGAGCCCCUGUGGGAAUGGGAGGUCAGCUGUGUGCUGGGCCAGGCCGACAUCCUGCGCCGCCAGGGCGAGAAGCGCGCCGCCGAGGAGCUGUACAGGGUGGCCGCCCUGGAGCUCGACAACCCCCGCGCGUUCCUCGAGCUCGCGCGCCUGAUGAGUGGUCCCCGCGACAGCCCCGAGCGGCGGGCAUACCUGCUCAAGGCAGCCAUCUCCGGGGAGGUAGAGGCAUGCCGGGAGAUGGGCAAGCUGGAGAGGCUGGCCGCCGAGGACAAGGCUCUGCCCGAGAGGGAGAGGGCCGACCAUGUGCUGAUGAGCAAGGAGUGGUUUCGUCUUGGCGAGGGAGACUACUUGGCGGCUGUCAAGGCAGAGGAUCUCGCCGGCGCUGGUGAAGCAUGA